AUGAGUCCUGAUUUCGUCAUUGUAGGUAAAUCUACGGAAAACUACGGGGAACUUAAUUUUAUGUUAAUUUAAAACUUCGUUGUGUACUCUGUACUUACACCUGUGCAACUCCCUAAAAGUGCUUGUUUUUGGUUGUCCGUUAACAUGGUAAGACCACCGAUCUCAUGAGGAAAUUUCCAAAUAUAAACGGAUGGUGAUUUGCAUUAGAUUACCCUUAUAGGAUAGUUCAUUUUGCCUAAGUGAGAAUCAGGCAUGAAUAUGUGUGUAGUUUGUUGAAUGUUUAGUCAGUACAGGAAACAGCUUAAGUGCUCAGUCAAAUUAGAGCUAGUUUAUCGUGUUUUAUGACUUUAACGCAUAGCACUGCUAAAAAAUUUUGAGUAUAUCGAUAAUUUCUCCAAAAUUGGAAUCGCACGACCCUUACCUCAUCAUUUCUGUAACCGUAAAAGUAUGUGAUUUGUGUUCUUUCUAAACGUUUCUUUCACGAUUUUCUUAAGUGCAGUUUCGAAUUCUUAGACUGAGUUUCACUGAAAUCACACUGCAAACUAAAGUCCGAAAAUAUGCAGAAUAGCGGAACAAGGGCAUUUUUGAAAUACCUAGAUUCAGCAAACCUGUACGACAAGGAAAUGCUCUGAUAAUCUUUUUGCCCUUGCAAUGAACGUACACAAUUGCUUUAUUCGUAACUUUUUGGUAAAACCAUAGAAAAGAGUGUUCAUUGGCUCGCAAAACUGAGGUUUCAACAGCAUGGGAGCACCGAAGUUAGAUGAAGAAGGAAAAUUUUGGAAUAAGUGACACAUUACUAAGUUUUUGGCAUUUUUCACAUAAAGGUUUGCGAAGUUAUGCGAAGUUAGGUCGUCUGUAAGAAGCAAAAACGUCUAGGUGUUGACCUCAAAUAACUCAAUAUAGCGUUGACUUCACUUCGGUAAAUAUUAUCCGUCCACAAGUUUUAUCAUGUGGCUUGAUGAAUGCCAUUAUCUUCAGCUUGAGUGUGCACAAUUGGUUUUCUUUUUUCAGAUAAUUAUCCAGGAUGUCAUGAAGCUGCUACACCGGGCUGAAUUAUAUGUUUAUGGUUGUACUGAUAUUGCUUUGAUGAGGUCAAUCAAUACUGCUCCGUCUUCAAAAGCUAACUCUGAAAAACGAUGAGACUCACUAGACUCAUUUGAUGACUAGAUAAGUAGGAACCUCGUUCUGCAUAAUCAGACUAAAGUAAGCAGGGCGCAUACAUUGACAAAAAGGAUACUCGAUAGUUGAGACGUUAAUUUUAUUCGUCUGAUGUUUGAGAUUCAGACUUCAACCCAUUAUCAGAGAUGGCAGCCAGUCACUGGACCCGUGGGGGCACAGUAUCUACUGGAUGCAGAUCCUAUGCAACCAUAUGCGGUAUCCACAUUCACCUCUCGCACACGAGUAACUGAAUGCCUCAAUUAAGUCCCCGGCGUUUUGAUUGAUGAGCUGAUGUCUUAGCCAUCUGGCACGUCAAUAUUCUCAUUGGAAAUGCUCUUCACCCACACAAACCCGCAGGUCAUUGUGCUUGGACAACGGCUUAGAGACGAGUAAGGGGUACGACGACGACCAUUACGCUUGCCUAUGAACUGCGGGCCGGAGAGGCACGACUCAGAGAACUUGCGGGCCGCAAAGUUCGAACUUCGAACUUGUCGACUUUUGGUGUGUCAGCGAGCACGCAUGAAUUAGCAGCGAAUUUAGGCCUGACGUCUCUCCUUCCACCACCACCACCACCACCACCACCACCACCACCACCACCACCACCACCACCACCACCACCACCACCACCUCCUCCUCCUCCUCCUCCUCCUCCUCCUACUACUACUACUACUACUACUACUACUACUACUAAUACUACUACUACUACUACUACUACUACUACUAUUACGACUCCCCUCUUCAUCAUCAUCUUCAUCAUAAUCGUCAUCCUCCCCUCCAUCCUUCCCCCUUCCCUCCUUCCCUUCCUCCUCCUCCUCCUCCUCCUCCUCCUCCUCCUCCUCCUUCUAUACCACCCCUUAUCCCCAUCUUCCAACCUUUCUUCCUCCUCCUCCUCCUAUUUCUGCUCCUGCUCAGGGUUACUACGUGUUUUCUCAUCUGCGCAGUGA